AGUCAACCCAGAAAAAGUCUUCCUUCACUCUUUCAUGGAUAGCGCAUAACUACGCAAAGAAAACCAGUGACUCCCCCGAAGAAAAUGGAGCUUUUCGAUUCAUCAAAGCAGGUGCUUCAAAACUUCCUCCGGCACUCCUCCACUCUGAUGUAUUCAGGUGGCGAUUUUCUGCUCGAUACCACGUUUUUACGUGGUUUCUCUGGUUCUCUGCACUUGAUUUUGUUACUUGGACUCUUGGUUUCAUGGGCUUGCAAGAAAUUAUGGGCACGGCGAAAUGGUGUAGGCUCCAAAGAGAGCCGACGAAGAAGCAGAAUUUGGUACUAUAAGCCAACUUUGAUUUGCUGUUUAAGCUUAUCUGUGUUUAAUCUGGUGUUGUGCGUGGCCAACUACUUUUAUUGGCAUGCAAAUGAUUGGUCGGAAGAGAAACUGGUUUCUCUUUUGGAUUUAGCACUGAAAUCUCUCGCUUGGGGAGCUCUCGGUGUUUGUUUGUACGGCCAAAGCUCCGAUUUAGGAGUAUCAAAGUUCCCUCUUUUGUUGAGACUCUGGUGGGGUUUCUACUUGUCCAUUUCAAGUUAUUGCCUCGUCAUAGACAUUGUUCUGUAUGGAAAGCAUGUUCCGGUGAAAACACGGUAUUCUGUUUCUGAUUUUGUCUCUGUUGUCACCGGUUUAUUUUGCUGUUAUGUGGGUUUCUUUGGUAAAAUUGAGAUCGAUGAUGAUGUGCUUGAAGAACCCCUUUUGAAUGGUAACUUGGUUGCAAGCAACACCGAAUUAAGUAAACGCUCCGGAAGUAAGACUGUGACCCCGUACUCAAAAGCGGGUUUAUUGAGUAUAAUUAGUUUCUCCUGGUUGAGUCCUUUAAUUGCUGUCGGGAAUAAGAAAACUCUGGACCUAGAGGAUGUUCCCCAACUUGCUCCACGGGAUAGUAUAGUGGGGGCAUUACCAGGUUUCAAGAAAAAGCUCGAGUCAGAUGCUGGUUCAAGCAAUGGAGUGACUACGUUUAAGCUGGUGAAGGCUUUGAUCAUGUCCGAAUGGAAAGAAAUAAUCUCCACUGCGGUAUUUGAGCUUCUUUUGACCCUAGCUUCUUACGUUGGUCCGUACCUUAUUGAUAAUUUUGUCCAAUUUCUUAAUGGGCAACGUGAAUUUGAAGGUGAAGGCUACCUUCUUGUUUCGGCAUUUUUGGUUGCAAAGCUUGUUGAGUGCCUCUCCUUUAGGCAGAUGAUGUUUAGGCUACAUCUUGUUGGGAUUAGGAUUCGCUCAUUGCUGGUUGCAGUUAUCUAUGACAAGGGAUUAAACCUUUCACGUCAGUCAAAACAAGGGCAUACUAGCGGGGAAAUCAUUAAUUUUAUGGCUGUAGAUGCAGAGAGAAUUGGUGAUUCUUGCUGGUGCAUGCACGAACCUUGGCUAGUACUUGUACAAGUUGGGUUAGCCUUAGCGAUUCUGUAUAAAAAUCUUGGGCUUGCAUCUAUUGCAGCUCUUGCGGCCUCCCUGCUUGUUAUGUUAGCUAAUAUUCCCAUGGGCAAGUUCCAGGAGAAAUUUCAGGAAAAGUUGAUGGAAUCGAAAGACAAAAGGAUGAAGGCGACUUCCGAGAUCUUGCGAAACAUGAAGAUUUUGAAACUUCAGGCAUGGGAGAUGAAGUUUUUGUCCAAGAUUACUGAAUUGAGGAAUAUUGAGACAGGGUGGUUGAAAAAAUUCGUUUAUACUCAAGCAAUGGCCUCUUUUGUCUUCUGGGGUGCCCCAACAUUUGUUUCGGUGACUACAUUUGGUACAUGCAUGUUAUUGGGGAUCCCACUAUCGUCAGGGAAGAUCUUAUCUGCAAUUGCAACGUUCAGGGUCCUCCAAGAUCCCAUCUAUGCAUUACCAGUUGUAUUAUCCAUGAUAGCUCAGACUAAGGUCUCACUUGACAGAAUAUCAUCAUUCCUGCGCCUUGAGGAUCUCCAGAGCAAUGUCGCUGAAAAACUUCCUAAGGGAACAACAGAUAUGGCAGUCGAGAUCGUUGAGGGGAAUUUUACGUGGGACUCGUCUUCCUCCGAACCCACAAUAAAGGACAUAAACUUGAAGGUAUUCAAUGGCAUGAAAGUUGCAGUCUGUGGUACUGUGGGUUCGGGAAAAUCGAGUUUACUUUCUUGCCUCCUGGGAGAAUUGCCGAAGAUAUCCGGAACCCUCAAGUUAUGUGGCAGUAAGGCUUAUGUUGCUCAGUCUCCAUGGAUACAGAGUGGCAAGAUUGAGGACAACAUUUUAUUCGGCAAGGAGAUGAACCGUGAGAGAUAUGAAGGUACCCUCGAAGCCUGCUGUCUGAAGAAGGAUUUGGAAAUACUCCCAUUUGGGGAUCAAACAAUUAUAGGCGAGAGAGGGAUAAAUCUGAGCGGUGGACAGAAGCAAAGAGUACAGAUUGCCCGUGCAAUUUAUCAAGAUGCCGACAUUUAUCUACUCGAUGACCCUUUCAGUGCCGUUGAUAUGCAUACUGGAUCUCAUCUGUUUAAGGAAUGUUUGCUAGGACUUUUAAGUUCGAAAACAGUGAUCUAUGUUACUCAUCAAGUAGAAUUCCUACAGACAGCUGAUCUAAUACUGGUCAUGAGAGAUGGAAAGAUUACAGAAGCUGGAAAGUACAGCGAGAUUCUUCACUGCGGAGCAGAUUUUAUGGAAUUAGUAGGUGCACAUGAGAAAGCUUUAGCUGAGCUUGGUUCCCACCAAGCUGGGCCAGAUUCUGAAGCAUCUGGUGUCAACAAUGGAAACAGUCAAAACGAAAAUACUGUGGAGAAGGAAGAAAAAAGAAAUGUUCAAGAUGGUGAAGUAAGGGCAAAAGGGCAGCUUGUUCAAGAAGAAGAGAGAGAGAAAGGUAGAGUUGGUUUUCUGGUGUACUGGAAAUAUAUUACGACGGCAUAUGGAGGAGCUCUCGUGCCUUUCAUUUUACUGGCCCAGUUUCUCUUCAUGCUCCUUCAGAUAGGAAGCAAUUAUUGGAUGGCAUGGGCAACCCCAGUGUCGGAGGACAUGGAACCUGCUGUUUCGGGAUCGACACUGUUACUUGUUUACGUAGCUUUGGCUGUUGGAAGCUCCUUUUGUAUUCUUUUCAGGUCUACACUUUUGGCAGCUGCUGGCUACAAAACAGCUACAAUACUCUUCAAUAAAUUGCAUCUCGCAAUAUUUCGAGCCCCCAUGUUGUUCUUUGAUGCCACUCCAAGCGGACGAAUUCUAAGUAGGGUCUCAACAGACCAGAGUGCUCUGGAUUUGAGCUUUCCAUCUAUGGUUUCAGGAUUUGCCUUCUCAAUGAUCCGGCUCCUGGGAGUUAUCAUUUUGAUAUCUCAGGUUGCAUGGCAAGUUCUUAUAAUUUUUAUCCCUGUGACCGCAAUCUGUGUCUGGUAUCAGCAAUAUUACAUCCCUUCUGCUCGAGAACUGGCACGGUUGGUCGGUGUGAGCAAAGCUCCAGUGAUCCAGCACUUUGCUGAAACAAUUUCUGGAUCGACCACUAUUCAUGGCUUUGAUCAAGAAUCAAGAUUCCGGAACACAAAUAUGGAGCUGUCUGAUGCAUAUUCUCGGCCCAAGUUCCAUGUUGCUGGAGCAAUGGAAUGGCUUUGUUUUCGCUUGGAUAUGCUAUCAACGGUCACAUUUGGAAUCUCUUUGAUUUUGUUAAUCUCUAUUCCAGAGGGAUUCAUAGACCCAGCAAUCGCGGGCUUAGCUGUGACGUAUGCACUUAAUUUGAACAUGAUACAGACAAGGGUCAUUUGGAGUUUGUGUAAUAUGGAGAACAAAAUUAUAUUGGUUGAAAGGAUACUUCAAUACACUGGCAUCUCAAGUGAGCCCCCUCUUAAAAUAGCGGAUAAUUGGCCCCGUCCUACAUGGCCAACAUGCGGAGAGAUCGCCAUUUCCGAUCUGCAGGUCCAAUAUGCUCCACACUUGCCGCUUGUUCUGCGAGGCAUCACGUGCACUUUUCCUGGAGGUAUGAAAACGGGCAUCGUGGGGAGAACAGGCAGUGGCAAAUCGACUCUCAUACAAACACUUUUCCGCAUAGUAGAACCCUGUGCAGGUCAAAUCUUAAUAGAUGGCAUUAAUAUCUCCUCAAUUGGGCUGCACGAUCUGAGGUCUAGAUUAAGUAUCAUCCCUCAAGAUCCAACCAUGUUUGAGGGUUCCGUGCGAAGCAAUCUAGACCCUCUUGAGGAGUACUCUGAUGAGCAGAUUUGGGAGGCAUUGGAUAAGUGCCAACUUGGGGAUGAAGUCAGGAAGAAAGAAGGGAAACUGGAUUCUACAGUUACUGAGAAUGGUGAGAACUGGAGCAUGGGACAGAGGCAACUGGUGUGUCUCGGUCGCGUGCUGCUCAAGAAAAGCAAGAUCUUGGUACUUGACGAAGCUACUGCAUCUGUGGACACGGCAACUGAUAAUCUGAUUCAGCAAACGCUGAGGCAUCACUUCUCGGACUGUACCGUUAUAACAAUUGCACAUCGGAUCACCUCAAUUCUUGAUAGCGACAUGGUUCUCCUCCUAGAGCACGGCCUUGUUGCUGAAUAUGAUACGCCGAGAAGAUUGCUAGACAAUGAAUCUUCAUUGUUCGAACAGCUUGUAGCAGAGUACACAAUGAGGUCCAAGUCUGGUUUCAGCAAUUGAAGAACCACCUACUUCAAGUUGAUCAGGAACUACUGCUUCUAAAGAUGAGAGGAGUUGGAGUAGUUCGCUCAGCCACGCCAUUGCUAAUAACUGCCUAUCUUUUAUUACUAAAUCUGAUGCAAUUUAAAGUGUAAACUAGACGCAUUUGGUUGAUGUCGUUAUACUGCAUAUGCGUCGCAUAUGGUAUCUCUACGUUGAGAAUGUUCUGAUGGAGGGAAAUGAGAGUAAAGUGGGAGCAAGUCCUUGUUCUUUGGAA